AACAACCCACCAGAGAAGUUCAUGAUGAUACACCAAACCUUAUCAUCUUCAUCUUCAUAUUCAUAUUCAUCCUUUUCUCCAUUUUUUCCACUUCAAAUCAAAUCUAAAUCUUUUCAAAUGUUCAAUACACCACCACCUUAUUUAUAUCUUAACAAACACUUAACUUUCCCUCUUAUCAUCCAUAACUAUCCAUCACCAUGUUGUUCUCUGCAUUUCUGCACCAACACUUCUGAUUCAACAUCUUUUGAAGUUUCCUACCUCAUCAACAAUUUCAACUUCUCCCCACAAUUUGCUUCCAAACUCUCCUCAACUUACAAGGUUCGUUUCAACACUUCCCAAAACCCUGAUUUAGUUCUCAACUUCUUUAGAAACAAUGGUUUCUCAGAAACCCAAUUACGUUAUAUCAUUUCCAAGGCACCAAGGUUACUUUCCUGUGACCCCUCCAAAAGGGUAUUGCCAAAGUUUCAAUUUUUACUAUCCAAAGGUGCUUCUAACUCUGACAUUGUUAACCUUGUCAGUAAGAACCCUAUGGUCCUGUCUCCAAGCUUGGAGAAUCAUAUAAUCCCAACCUAUGAAUUGCUUUAUAGAUUUUUGCAAUCAGACAAGGACAUUAUUGCUGGUGUAGUUCAUAAUCCAGCAUUACUUAGUGACCAUCUUGUGCCACAAAACAUCACAAUGUUGAUUAAGAAUGGAGUUACAGAUUCAAGCAUUGCAAGAUUGUUUCGGACGCGGUCACGAUCAUUGAAUACGAAUACACGUUGCAUGCUGAAGUUGGUGGAGGAAUUGAAGGAUUUGGGUUUUAAUCCUUCAAAAAUAACUUUUGGUAUAGCAUUGGAAGCCAAACUAACUGUAAACAAAACAUUGUGGGAAGAAAAAGUUGAUGCCUUUAAGAAAUGGGGUUGGUCUGAUGAAGAUGUUACAGAAGCAUUUAGAAGGCAGCCUCAUUGUAUGUUGGUAUCUAUUGAUAAAAUUAAUUUAGUGAUGAGCUUUUGGGUCGAUCAGUUGGGUUGGGAUGUGCUUGCCCUUGCAAAAGGACCGUCCGUUUUUUCAAAUAGUUUGGAAAAAAGGAUCAUUCCAAGGGCCUCAGUUGUGCAAUUUCUGUUGAAGAAAGGAGGAGUCAUCUUAUCUAUUAAAGCUUUAUGAAGAAAAACUGAGUCUUGCACAAACAAGGGACAAAACCGGCAUGUCAUGAUCAAGUUUUCAGGUAUUUAGAGUUAAUUUGUUAUCGUGUUCUAUAUUCGAUUUGAAUACUUGGUCAGAGUUUGAUCGGAGCUAGUUUGAGAUAGUUUAGUUAACUUUGUUCAUUUCCUAAUUACACAAAUGUUGGUUUUGUUUUUAAAUUCGAUAAUCUUUUUCGAAAUCGUGUUGUAUAUCAGUCUUAAUAAUUGGCUAGUAAUUCAUGUGAAAGUUGAUUUUUGCUUUUCACUUAAGGGCAAGAAUACUUUUCUGUGAAGAGUCAUUUCUCUCGCCAUGUUUAUUUAGU